CGGUGAGGUAGAUCUGAAUCGGAGACGGAGGGAUUUUGGGUAUUUCUGGGUUUGGGAUUUUUGUUGCAGGGAAGGGAAUUUGUUCGGAGACGGAGGGGGUCAGGUCGCUGGUUGGGAGCAAUGGUCGCUGGUUGGGAAUGAUGAUUGAUGCGGCGGUGGUGGAAAAGUCGAUUGAUGCGGCGGUGGCUUCGAUUGAAGCUAUACCUCUUCUGGGAACGACGACAUCGUUGGCGAUUUGGGAGGAUGGAAGGGUUGCAACGAGAAGAACGGAAGGUAGAAGGGAUUUUGCUAGGGAAGAAGUGAAGACAUUGACUUUUUUGGUGAUGAUUCAGCCGUUUAUCUCUGCCAUUGAGAUGGUGGGGGAGUCCAUUGGAGAACAGAUGGAGAAGACAAAGGACAGGAGAGAGGGAGAGGAGAUUGGAUAUUGAAAAGGAAAAAAA